AUGGCAUCGACAACGCCUUUCACGCUCAGGUGGGGCAUUCUGGCGACGGGGGGGAUUGCCAAGGACCUGUUGACGGAUCCGUCAGCGCGCGGGGCAGACGACGUGCGACACGUGGUGGCAGCAGCAGCAUCGUCGUCGUCAAAGCAGCGAGCAGCGGACUUUCUGCACGCGGUGGGAGCCGGCGCCGAGGCGAAGGCCUACGGGUCUUACGCGGAGCUGGUGGCCGAUGCCGACGUGGACAUUGUGUACGUGGCGACGCCGCACAGCCAUCACUUCCAGAACGCGAUGCUGGUGCUGGAGGCCGGCAAGCCGGUGCUGUGCGAAAAGGCCUUUACGGUGACGGCAGCCCAGGCGCGGAAGCUGGUGGCAACGGCGCGACAGAAGCGGCUUUUCCUCAUGGAAGCCGUCUGGACGCGCUACUUUCCGCUGAGCGUGCAGGUGCGCGACCUGGUGCGGCGCGGGGCCAUCGGCACGGUGUAUCGCGUGGUGGCCGACAACUCGAUCCAGGCCAGCAGCACCGACGCGGCUAACAACCUGGUCUUUGCCGACGAUCAUCGCAUGGUCGACAUCCACCUCGCUGGUGGCGCUACGCUCGACCUGGGCAUCUACUCGCUCACCUGGCUCUUCCAGAUCUUGUACCAUCUGCAGCCGGACGCCGACGACGGGAAGGAGAGCCCGCGCGUGCUGGCUGCCAUGGACAAGUACCGCAAUACGGGUGUCGACGAGUCGACCACGAUGCUGCUACACUUUCCGCGUCACGGCACCACCGGCAUUGCCACAUCGUCGAUGCGCUUCGACACCGGCGUCGAUGCUGCUCACCCGGCCGGUCCGGCCAUCCUCAUCCAGGGCUCGGCCGGCGAAAUCCAGGUGAUCGGCUCAGCCUAUCAGCCGCUGCAGUAUCGCGUUGUCCGGAGACGUGUUGCAGCCGACGGCCAGCAGACAGCCACGACCGAGACCAAGACUGAGACUGAGACCGUCGACUGCCCCAUCCCCCAGCCGGGCCGCGGCAUGUUCUGGGAGGCCGACGAAUGUGCCCGCUGUCUGCGCGAUGGCCGGCUUGAGUCCGAGACGCUGCCGCUGGACGAGAGCAUCGUGAUCAUGGAGACGAUGGAAGAAGCACUGCGGCAGGGUGGGAUUAAGUAUCCAGAGCUGAUCACGUCGGACGUCUACUCUGCGGACACCAAGGGAAAGACGACGAUGACGGCAUCGGGCGAGUCAGCGGCGGCGUACGAGCAGGCCCACGUGCACGAGGUGUACGAUGCAAUUGCCGACCAUUUUUCAGCGACCCGCUAUGCGCCCUGGCCGCUGGUGGCGCAAUUCCUGGCCGCCCAGCCGCCGGGCAGCAUUGGAUUGGAUGCCGGCUGCGGCAACGGCAAGUAUCUGAGCGCCGGGAGGGAGAGGAUGGCCGGCGGUGAGGAGAAGGCGGCCUGUUUUUUCCUGGGCAGCGACCGCAGUGCCGCGCUGGCCCGGUUGGCCUACGACAAGCACGGCCGCGGGCGUCCAGGCGCUGACGUCGUGUUGGCUGACUCGCUGGCCUUGCCAUUCCGCGACGGCUGUGCCGAUUUUGCCAUCUGCGUGGCCGUGGUGCACCACCUGUCGACGCGGACACGGCGGCAAGAGGCCGUGGCGGAGCUGCUGCGCUGUGUUGGGGGGGAGAGACGCUGUGAUGGAGGGACGAGAGAGACGACGGCGGCGAAUGCAGAGGCGAAAAGGGGGACGAAAACGACAGACACGAAAUCCACACACACAGGUCGCGUUCUCCUCUACGUCUGGGCCCUCGAGCAGGCGUCCAGCCGGCGUGGCUGGUCGGCUGGCGGCGAACAGGACCUGCUGGUGCCGUGGGUCAAGACAUUGCGGCAGAAGAAGACGGAAGACGGGGACAGGACGACACGACGGCCGACUUUUCAGCGCUACUACCACCUCUACCGGGAAGGCGAGCUGGAAGAGGACGUGCGGGCGGCUGGCGGCCACGUGGUCUCGAGCGGCUACGAAAAGGACAACUGGUGGGUCAUAGCCGAUGGGAUGAGGGGGUGA